AUGAUAAACAGAGUAUGUAACAAAUUAACUUUUUUUCAGGUAUCUUUCUGCUUCUUCUGAUGUGUGCCAAGGCUCAGUGUGAGACUGUUCCUGGGUGACACUGUGAUCUGUAAUCAUUAUAGGUAUGGCAUCGCUAUGGCUACGGGAUCUGGUAAGUACCCAAUAAUCGCCAUCAUUCAUGGUAGAGUAUGCAGAACUCUUAGAGUGCCCUGUGUGUUAGUAUGUCCUCUAUCCCGUGGUCUAUGUAAUUAAGUCACAAGAAGCAAUGCAUUUGUUAUACAAAGUAUUAUAAAAAAAAAAAAAGUUACUGUUACUUGUUUUCUGGACUUUAAUAUCUAACACAGUUUUUUUUUAUUAAAUGGCAUUCCAGCUUGUAAUAUGUACUGUUUCUAUAUCGUUUUGUAAGUAUAAUAUGUCAUCUAAUCCUUUUGGCUUCGAAGUUCUCUUAUAACAUUGGAAUUUUAGACACUGUUACACUAACAGUGCAGAACUGGACACAGGAAGAAAAUAGAAGGAAAGAAAAUUAGAAUUUGCAAGUAGGAAAUUACUUUUGCAAUUUUCCAUCUAAAACAGUCAGUUUAUAAAACAUGUACUUUGGGGGAGAAUUAUGGUAGAUUGUUUCAAUUUAUCUUCUUAAUAUGAAACUAUUUAAAAGUAGCUUUAGUCUUUAGUUAAUGUUCUACAGCUAUGCAGUACUAAAGAGGAUGGUUCUACCUCAUCACACCUAAAUAAGUUGGCCUUGUGAUGGAUGACUGCCUCUGGCACCAUGAGUUUUGACCUUUCACUCAAAAAGGAGCACAAAAAAAAAAAUUUGAGAGGGGAAUUCAUGCCAUUUUAACAAGAGGACAUACAUCAAACCACAUCAUUUCGUAAAGGCAAAGCUGGUAAAGCUUUUAGAUAGUGGGGCACCAGACUCCUACCCCAAAAUUUUACUCCUCACUAUACAAUACAGAGAUCCUCAUACAAUACACAGAGCUGAGCAUAAUACAGAAAUGCUCAAACAAUAAAACAUGCUUGACAUAGCAUAAAUUUAUAAAAUACAAUACAGAGAUAACCAUACCACAAACGGAGCUGAGUAAAAAUAGAGAUAUAAUACACAGAGCUGGGUAGACUACAGAGAUACCCAUACAACAGGCAGAGCAGAGUAAAAUAUAGAGAAAUAACACACAGAGCUGGAUACAAUAAGGAGGACUUAUAACUGUCUCACACAGCCAGGAUCACUGUGAUGCGGGGGGAGGGGGGUGCCUGAGUUUUGUCCUGCCUAGGGCAGCACAAAACCAGGAUACACCACUGCCUAUGCAUAUAGUGCAGUGCAGGGUGUGUAUAAUGAAUGUAGUGUGUUUGUAGUGAAUGCAGAGUAUGAAUAAUAAAUGUAGUGUGUUUGUAGUGAGUGCAGUGUGUAUAAUGAAUGUAGUGUAUUUGUAGUGAGUGCAGUGUGUAUAAUGAAUGCAGUGUGUUUGUAGUGAGUGCAGAAUGUGUAUAAUGAAUGUAGUGUGUUUGUAGUGAGUGCAGAAUGUGUAUAAUGAAUGUAGUGUGUGUAGUAAGUGCAGUGUGUAUAAUGAAUGUAGUGUGUAUAAUGAAUGCAGUGUAUUUGCAGUGAGUGCAGAGUGUGUAUUAUGAAUGCAGUGUAUGUAGUGUGUUUGUAGUGAAUGCAGAGUGUGUAUAGUGAAUGUAGUGUAUUUGUAGUGAGUGCAGUGUAUAUAAUAAAUGUAGUGUGUUUGUAGUGAGUGCUGAAUGUGUAUAAUGAAUGUAGUGUGUGUAGUGAGUGCAGUGUGUAUAAUGAAUGUAGUGUGUUUGUAGUGAGUGCAGAGUGUGUAUAAUGAAUGUAGUGUGUUUGUAGUGAGUGCAGUGUGUAUAAUGAAUGCAGUGUAUUUGUAGUGAGUGCAGAGUGUGUAUUAUGAAUGCAGUGUAUGUAGUGUGUUUGUAGUGAAUGCAGAGUGUGUAUAGUGAAUGUCGUGUAUUUGUAGUGAGUGCAGUGUGUAUAAUAAAUGUAGUGUGUUUGUCGUGAGUGCAAAGUGUGUAUAGUGAAUGUAGUGUGUUUGUAGUGAGUGCAGAGUGUGUAUAAUGAAUGUAGUGUGUUUGAUGAUGUGUGUGUGUGCUGGAUGAUGUGUGUGUGCUGGAUGAUGUGUGUGUGUGUGCUGGAUGAUGUGUGUGUGUGUGUGCUGGAUGGUGUGUGUGUGUGUGUGUGUGCUGGAUGAUGUGUGUGUUGUGUGUGCUGGAUGAUGUGUGUGCUGUGUGUGCUGGAUGAUGUGUGUGCUGGAUGAUGUGUGUGUGUGUGUUGUGUGUGCUGGAUGAUGUGUGUGCUGGAUGAUGUGUGUGUGUGCUGGAUGAUGUGUGUGUUGGAUGAUGUGUGUGUGUGUGCUGGAUGAUGGGUGUGUGUGUGUGUGUGUUGGAUGGUGUGUGUGUGUGUGUGUGUGUUGGAUGGUGUGUGUGUGUGUGUGUGUGUUGGAUGGUGUGUGUGUUGGAUGGUGUGUGUGUGUGUUGGAUGGUGUGUGUGUGUGUGUGUUGGAAGAUGUGUCUGUAUGCUUGUUGAUAGGGGGGGAAGCAUUUUUUUUAACUUCAUGUGUAUUUUUUAUUUUAUUCCCCCCUCCCUGCUUCUUACCUUGUCAGGGAGGGGGAGAUCGCCUGGUGGUCCGGUGGAGGGAGCCAGCCGCUGCACAGAGGGGCCAUCACACGCUGUGUUCCCGCUCCAGCUCUAACACUCGCGAGACUCGCCUGUGCGGAGCGUUGCCAUGGUAACCCGUGGCAACGCUCUGACAGCCGCGGGUCUCGCGAGAGUUAUAGCUGGAGAGGGAACACAGCGUGUGAUGGCCCCUCUGUGCAGGUAGCAGGGCCGGUCCUGCAGGACUGCUAACGGGAACAGCGUUCCUGCUUUGGAAAAAGUACAGGAACGCCGUUCCCAUGCGUUCCUGCAGGACUCGAGCCCUGCCCACACAGUACAUGUCUCUGUAAAAUGCUUUAGAUCUAUCUUUCUGUCUAUCUAUUUAUCUAUCUAGCCCUCUCUUAGCUCUUUCAUACAUGAUCUUAUCUUCAGUACUGUUCCUGCUAUGAUACCUUUAGAUUUCCACUACAUAUUGCUGCUGUUAUGAAACAGGUAAUCUAUUCCAUUAGCGCUCAGCACACAUUGUGCACAUGGUUAAAGCAUCAAGUUUCUAAUAGAGUUCUUAUUACCUUUGCAGCUGACAAUAUAAUUAAUCUGCAGUGGUAAUAUGGAGCCAAGAAGUAGAUAACAUGGUUAACAGAUUAAAACAGAUUGAAAUCAGAAUCAGAUACAUCCUCUGAGUCCCAGUCCCAGUCCUGUAGUUUGAAGCUUAACAACUUUUGAACUAGCCACAGCGUGAGUGUCUUAGCUGUAGAGUGACUGAAAAAAUAUGGUGGGUAUGGUGCAGUAAUAGUUAUUAAAACUAUUAAUGACAGACAGCAUAGUGCUGUGUGUCAGAAAUGUCCCCCCUCCCCUUGUUACCAUUGAGCUUCCUAGGCUUUAUAUAAAUUAAUUAUAUAUUUGAGUAAAUUCCCUUUCCUAAUCAUCCCUCAGGCAGUCACUAGGGCUAUUGUGUGAGAGAAAAAGAUAAUAUUAUGCACUUAUAUUUAACAGGUCUGCUGCUGUGCUCUCUCUAUGUUACUUCCAAGAUGGCAUCUUGCUUCUCUCACCUGUGACCAAUGAGACAAUAAUAGUCCCUGAAUAGGGAGGCCAAUAGCUUGUUUGUAGUCAUGGGCAGCUGGCUCUGCUGCCCUAAUGGCAACUCAAUUAAAAUUCUGGAAAUUCCUUUAUAAAGGACACUAGGCAUGUGCAAAUCCUGCUGAAACUGGGCAGAUUUCAAACCUGCCCCAUUUUAUUACAUGCCAAGGUUGAUCUCAAGAAAGCUUCUCCAAACAGCUACCAAUGAGGGUAGAGAGGCCCCGCAGAAGUUAAACCUAUUACAGAAUUAAAGAGACACAAUGUUUUCCCCAUAUUUCUUUGCUUACUAUACUCCCCUUCAGAAAAAGAAUCUUAGUGUUUCUAAACCCCACAUAAGAACUGAUGGGGCACUGCCUAAAGUACAUCCCCCGCUUUACUUGCAUCAACGACCAGAAAGAAGAGACUCUGGUUUGGUAAAGUUUUAGCUGCUGUACACAUAAGGAACAAGCGCCAGAAAUCUCACUUGCUGCUAUAACUGCCCAAAGUACCCCAUAUGGACGAGCCUCCCCUGAGUGCAAUACAUGUUUUGCAUGUGUGCACCAGGUGAAUUUCUCAUUUGUGAUUUUAAAUAAAUAAUUAUUGGCUCCAGUUUUCUGGACAGCUAUUAAAUGGACACUCUAAGUACUAUAAUCACUACAGCUUAGUACUAAUAAUGAUAUUAUUACUCUAGACGCAUGUUCCUGGUUUCUGUAAAACCAUUUUGCAGCAGUUUGAAAAGGCUCCGUUUACCACCCCCCUAUCCCCCUCAUUCCCCCAACCAAACACCCAGAAUAAUCCAUUACAUUUUUGCAUUAUCAUGGAUGACAAUGACAGCCUGGGAUAUCCAUGUAUUCAGUUCAUGGACCUUUUUUAAGAAAUCAUUUUCCUAACGUUUCCACUCGCCCUUUCUGACGGCCAUCUUUAUACACCUAUGGCUGGUUGUCAGCUAUCUGAUCCACUGAUCGCUAUUUUGCCACUGUCUAAAUCAAAGUUUUUCUGCCUUCCACAUAUAGGAUAUAUUGCCCUUUGGAAAUGCAAUAGGACAACUAUAUUGGUAAAAUGUGGUUAAUAUCCCUUCAUACUAUUUCCAUACUUUAGCUUGUACAGCUAAUGAUUAGCAACCAGGAUUGUGUGAUUCUGACAGGGUUAUUCAGUAAAAGUGAGAAUUCAAAGUGAAUUUUAAUGUAAAUUCAAAAUAACCAAAUAAGAAAAUAUCUAAAUCAGCUAUGCUUUCAGUUUGGCUACUCUGGCCUUAAAUUUGAAAUUCAUUUUAAAUUCUCACUUUAGUAAAUAACCCUUUGAAUAUUUGUUAUAUUAUGUGCAGUUAUGUUUUCUAAUUAUAUUAAUCAGAUUCAAUAUCGUGGCCUCUUAUUGAUGAUUUUCGUUCUGGGUAUUGGAGGCUCCUUCCAGUACGGGUUCCAUAUCUCUGUUUUGAACUCUCCCUCUCUGGUGAGUACUGUCUACAGAAUCACUUGCAAACAGCUAUGUAAAGAAAGCAGCAUGUCAUACCAAUCCAAGACUCCAAAAAACAAAAGUGAGAAGCAUUUGCCAUUCACUGAUUUCAGCUAAGUAACUCAUAAUACUACACUAGCAUUCAGGGCCGCCUUCAGGGGCUACAGCCAGUACAACUGGGUACAGCACAGGGAGAGAGGAAUAAGCAAACACUGCUCACUCCUCCCAAGCCCUUAUCCAACACACCACACACUGCAUGCACUACACACACAGAGACACUAAAUCCACUAUAUACACCGCUUCCACUAUACACACACUUCAUUUACUACAAAGACAUUGCAUCCACUACACAAAACACACUAAAUUAACUACACACUGCAUCCACUAAAACUCACACACUGCAUCCACUACACAAACACACACACACACACAUACUACAUUUACUGCACAAUGAAACACUGCAUCACAUGCAUACAAUAUACAAACACAGAGACUGCAUUCACUACACAAAAACAGACACUGCAUCACCUACACAUACAGGGGGCCCAGGCCUUGAGAUGUGUAACGGCCCCAAAAUUCCUGAUAGCAUCCCUUCUAGCAUUUACCACAGGGAUCUACGAUGAAAUACUAAACAUCCAAUCCAGAGAAGAAAAUUGUCUCUGUUCUCCAGUUCCAUACAUCGACACAGACUGAAACAAUCAAACAAAACUCAUCAAAUGAAAACUACCUAAGUGGCAUUUUCCCAUACUGCUGAGGCCAUCUCAAAACUAAAAAAAUGCAACUGCAGAUAAAGUGAAUAGGUUGGUAAAAGGUUUGAUAAUAUGGUGCGUAUAUUUCUAUUCCAGUUUAUAAAGGAGUUCAUCAAUGACACAUGGAUACAUCAUUACAGCAAACCCAUGGGGGAAAAUUCACUGAGGAUUCUUUGGUCAUUCAUUGUAUCAAGUUACUGUAUUGGAGGCAUGCUAGGGUCUCUGUGGUCUGGAUAUUUCACGUCUAAAUAUGGAAAGUAAGUGUUCAAAUGAAUGAAGACAUAACACAAGGGAGAAUAUGGUAGGACUUUGUCUUUUUUACAAUUUCUAAAUUAGCAAUUUAUACAAUCAAAUUUCUAGUUCAUUCAGUCCAGAGGAGAAUUAAAAACCCAAUGAUGGUAUCUAACAGCAAGCUACAAUUGUUACCAGUACACAAUGUGGUGCUAAAAUAUUGCGCACUAUUGGACACAUAACUGGUCAGGUUUCACAACGGUGAUCAGAUUGCUGAUAGAAACCCUUUUCUAGUUUACUCCGUGACUUUCUCCUUAAAUUAAAGUUGAGAUAUAGAAGCAGGUUUACGUCAAAUAGAUUCAUAAUUCUCAGCCUUAUUGAGGAGAGAAAACAUGGCUAUAAUACCACAAACUUCGCUUCUUCUUUUGAUUCACUCUGCUAGCCCAAAACUGGCACUCAAUCCAAUAAACAAAAAAUUUAACUUCUAGCUUUCAUUUACAAAGCCUUUCAUAACCAACUACCAGACUAGUUCUUUCAGUCCUUAUCUUCAAUCACUCCCUCAAGAUUAAUUUAUAUACUCAUACAAUGCCCUCCAUUAUUCUGCUACUUCUAUUUCUGCACGUAAUACUGAGUCAGCACAUUUAAGCUGCUGCCCAACUCUGGAGCUCCCUGCCACGUAAUCUUGGGCUUUCUAUUUUAAUUGCUCGCCAAGAUUCAUUUCUAAAAACUUUUAAAUAUUUUUUUCUACUAAUCCAGUCACCUAAAAGCUACAUAAAAUCCCCAAUCUAACCAAUAUAUUGUUUUCUGUUCUUACUCUGAUACGUGAGCCCCACCUGUUCCCUCCUAGAUUGCAAGCAUCAGAGCAAGCUAAUCUCCCGCAUUAUCUGUGUCUGAACGUCAGAUUCUUCUGUUAAACUUUACACGUUACAGCUUGCCCAGCAUAAUGUCUCAAGGCUAUAUAAAGCAAUGAUGAUAAUCUUGCGCGAUGAUUUAAUAAUAUAUUGUUGUUAUUAUACAUUUACACACUAGCCAUCACAAUGCCAGGUAUUAUAUAUUUUAUAGACAAUAUGAAAAUUCUGAGACUUUGUUAAAAGCAGCAGCUAUUGCUGGGGGCUUUAACUGUUGGCAGUUAAGCACAAAGGAACUUUUUUUUCCUGGAAAGCUUAAUGGGCCUCAAAAUAUAUAUACUUGUUUAGAAAGUACCCUUUUUAUUAUUGUCUAUGGUUCACCUGACGCUUUUCACCAACAACGCAAGGACUUAAAAUGUUUGUCUUUUUUUAAUUUCUGAUCUAUUUCUAUUUCAAAUAUAAGAUAAAACAGGGACUUCUUUGUCUUAUACAUUUUUCCUAUGCUUGACAAAUCUUGACAAAGGGUGGAGAUUAAGGCAAGCUUUUACAUACAACAAAGGGUGAAGCUUGCUUUAAGCUCUACCCUUUGUCAAUUGUCAUAAAAAAAGUAAAGCUGGCCCUUUCUCUAACUGCUACGUUAAACCUUUCAAUAGUCUGAACUGCUAGAUUUUUUGAAUUUACCGCAUAGGUCCUAAAAUGCCUACCAACUGGAGAUAUUGUGUUAUAAUCAGAAAUAGUCCUUACAUGCUCACAUAUCCUGUUUUUGAGAGGUCUCUCAGUCCUCCCACUCCCAACUAUUAUGCUACUUGGGUGAUUUGGAUUGGAACUCAACUGCAGCUUGUAAAACUCCCUGAUUACAAUAGUGAAGAAAUGGAGAAUCUUUAAAGUACCAAUACUGUAGCUUUAAGAAAAGAGAGAAUUGCUGGUAACUUGAUUCAAACUAAGUUUUAAUAAGUAUUAAACUUAAAUUAAUUGCAUUUAAGCAAUAAUCCAAUAAGAAGUGCAAUUAAUUGUUGAUUAAUUGCACUUCUUAUUGGAUUAUUAUAACACAAAGUUCAUUAAUAAGUAUUUCCUCAGAGAUGCAUUAAGUAACAUUCUUUAGGUUAAUAAGAAUAAUCUUCAAUAGUAACUUUAAGCAAGUAGCUGAGAAUAUUUGCAAAACAGGAACAGUUCAUAGUUAAUAAGCAUGAUGGGAGUUGUCCUCCAUACAAUUAGUAGCUUGAAGCACUGAGUGUAUUUGCAAAGCAAGAAACAGUUGAUUGUGAAUAAGCAUGAUGGGAGUUGUCCUCCAUAUAAUUAGUAGCUUGAAGCAGUGAAGAUUUAGUAAGCAAGCAUUAGUUCAUUAUUAAAUGAUAUUGUAGACAAACAGCUGAAAGAUAUACUUAAGGUUAAUGUGAGUAGUCCUCCAAUAGUUCAGAGGUAUGGUCCACUUGUAAAGUAAGUGAGUUUCUGUUAUCCAGUAAUCCACUAUGGCAUGAAGUAUACUUUUCUUAGCCCAGAAGGCUAGGACGACAUCAGAGCUUGUAGAGGCGGUGUGUAUACCCGGAAGUAGGUCCCACAAUCACCAAGCGCCUUCUCCCUGGCGCGGUCUCCCUAAGUACUGUCAGAGCCGCGUCAGAAGGGGGAGGGGCCGGCUCCGCAAUACGGAAGUGCCGAACCCGGAAGAGAUACCGCAUGACACCAACUUACAGUAUUUGACAUAUCUUAUAGGUUAUUAAAUAACAAACAAUAAUUACAUUAAUUGUUGCAGUAAUUAUUCACUUUAUACAGCUUCCCUUUCACAGUGCAUUUAAAGGAACAUUAUAGUGUUAGGGGCCAUGUGAACUGAGUGUGUGUGAGUGUGUAUGGGUGCGUGUAUAUGUGUGUAUGAGUGUGUGUAUGUGUAGGAGUGUGAGUAUGAGUGUGUGUAUGUGUAUGAGUGUGAGUCUGUGUAUGUGUAGGAGUGUUUGUAUGUGUAUGAGUGUGAGUGUAUGUAUGAGUGUAUGUGUGAGCGUAUGUGUAUAUAUAUGUCAGUGUGCUUCUGUGUCUAUGUGUGUGCACACAUCUGUGUUUGUGCAUCUGUGUGUCAGGGUGUGUGUUUUUAUGUCAGUGUGUGUAUCUGUUUCAUGGUGUGGGCAUGUACCAAUGUUUGUGUGUGUCAGGGUGCAUGUGUGUAUAAGUUGGUGUGUAUCUAUGUGUAUGUAUGUGUUGGUGUGUAUCUAAAUGUGUGUAUGUAUGUGUUGGUGUGUAUCUAUAUGUGUGUAUGUAUCGGUGUCUAUAUGAAUUUGUGUGUAUGUGUCGGUUUAUUUAUAUGCAUCUGUGUGUUAAUGUGCAUGAAUAUCUGUGUAAGUAUGUAUGUAUGUAUAUAUGUAUGUAUGUGGUAAUGUAUGUGCACACUUCUAAUCAGUCAAACACUAGCACAUCAUACAAGCACACUCCUGCAAUCUAACACAAAUAUUACAUACAAACACACCACUUCAUUUAAACACAAAUACUUCACACAAAUGUACAUCCACAUUUAAAAGUGAACAUUACAUUCAGACACACCCCUGCAAUCAAACACAACACAAACAUUACAUACAAACACACCCCUGUAAUAAAACACAAUAAAUGUAUACAAGCACUCCUUCAAGCACCAACACUGUACAUUACACUAUAGCGCCAGUAAAUGCUGCAGCGCUGUACAGAUAUACAACCUAGAAAUUUAGACUUAGGGUGCCUUGUAAAAAUACUGAAAUAUUAAGGGCGCCUUGAACCUUGAACCUAAAAAGUUUGGGAACCACCGAAGUAACCAAGUGUUACCACUAAUAACUAGGGCGGAGCAUAUUGGCCAGGGAUUUACUUCUCCUGGCUGAAACGUACAGCCUCUUCCAACUAACUGUUCUAAAUUGGGGCUCUAUAGACAAAAUAGGGAGACAAGAUUUUAUGGCUUUGCUUUUUAUGGCCAUGACUUUUGCGAUAUAUCUAUAAAAUCUACUAUUCUCUCAGCUUUUAACAUUUUAUUACCAUUAUAGCCCCUAUUAAGUAAACUGGUAAGCAAUAAAGCUGCCUGCCUCUGAUAAUCAGUGUCCCUUAUGCAAUUCCAUUUUAAACAAAUGAAUUACCCUUUGCCAAAUGAAUUCUUAAGAGGGUCCAUUAUAAUUGAACCUGUUAAACUAUCACCCCUCAAUGAGAGAGACAAAUAAAUAAUGUACGUUUUGCUCCAAACGUGUAAAUUGCGUGAAUUAUUACUGACGUGAAUAUAAUCUCCUCUUGGUGUAAGUUUUCUGAUAAAUAAGAAAAUAAUUUUCAUGCUUCAAAUUAAAAUGAGAAGACAUUUGACAAACAAUUGUAUCUAUGUCCAGGAGGUUUCCUUUAUUCAGGGUAAAGAGCGUUUAGGACGGGUAUCCAAUACUCCAACACUCCCCCCCCACGGAUGUUGAUGCCCUACAAAUCCCAUAAUUCUUAGCAUACUUUAGAUGGCUAAAGCAUCAAGGGAGGUGUAGUUCAGCAACCUCUUGGGGUCCAGAGUAUGAGAAGCAUUAAUUAAUAUUAUGUCUUAUUCACAGAAUUCUAAUAGACAAACAUUUGGCUGACAUUUGCUUUGAAUCUCCAUUAAUUAAUUUAUCUUGUCUUAUGUUAUAGAAAGCGGUGCCUGAUCUAUAGUGACCUAAUCCCAAUAGCAGCGGCGCUUUUAGUUGGCUGCAGUAGAACUUCCAAGUCAUUUGAGAUGAUACUGAUUGGCCGCUUCCUUUAUGGUAUAAAUGCAGGUAAAGAUUCUUAGCUCUAAGGCACUUUACAGGCGCAUGUUUGAAGAUGGCAACAUUAUUAGAAUAUGUAUCAGUAUUUGAUUACCUUUUCAGGGUUUGGUUUUAACAUCCACUCUCAGUAUGCAGGGGAAAUUGCACAUAAGAAACUACGUGGAUUUACCAACACAAGUAUCUCCAUCUUUGUAACAAUUGGAAAACUGAUGGGUCAGAUUCUUGGACUCAGGUGAGUGUUGCUACACAAAAUGAUUAUAGUCCUGCUAUACUCCUAUUAGUAUACAAAUAUGUUAGAAUUCUAGAGAUAUCACCCACAGUACUUUGGACCAGAAAUCCCUACACUGCACAUUAUAUUUAUUUAUAUAUUUUUUCAUUCAGUGAAAUAUUGGGCACCAAGUCGAAGUGGCCUCUUCUCUUGGGUCUGAAUGGCAUGUGGGCCCUGGUUCAGAUGGUUGCACUCCCAUUUUUCCCUGAAUCACCAUACCUCCUGAUUGAGAGAAAUGACAAGGAUGGCUGUAUGAAAGGUACUGACCAGAGUUAAGGGUACUGUGGAAGGACAAUACAGUAUACUCUUUAUCUACAUUUUACACACAAAUAAUUUGUUGUGGUUUAGCAAUGAUUUUUCUCAUCAGCCUCAGACAUUGGUCUGUAGUUAAGAAUAUACAUUUGGCAACAUGACUAAAAGUGAAGUCAUUGGUUCCCAUGGCAAUAGGAUUUUGGACCAAAUAUUUGCAAUGCAUAGAUAUAUAUAUGUUAACCAUGGCAGGUGUAAUUUAUUGAAAAAGAGUUCAAAUAUAAUAUGUGAACCCAAUAAUAUGUUAAAGGAACACUAUAGUGCAGAAAUACAAAUAUAUAUUCCUAACACUAUAGUGUAAAACUGUUUAGCUCCACAGCUCCCCUCAGAUUGCUCUAAGAGGGUAUUAAAUUUACCUUAUCUCCCUCACCAGGCCAGUCUCGCAGCAGAAAUCAGCAAUCUUAGUGAUCUCAGUCAAUCCAAUGCUUUCCCUUAGGAAAGCAUUGAAAGGCUAUUGCACAUGCUCAGCCAGGCUGCGCCAAUCAGCAUUUCCUUAUAGAGAUACAUUGAAUCAAUGUAUUUCUAUGGGGAACAUUCAGGAUCUCCAUGCAGAGCGUGGAUACGCUGAAUACCAGUGCUGCACACUGUGCCGCACUGGGAUACAAAGCACCUCUGGUGGCCAUCUGAGUAACUGCCACUGGAGGUGUUCCUAGGGAGCAAUAUAAACACUGCCUACUCACCAAAGCACUACAUUAAGCUCGUGUGGUUCUGGUGACUAUGCUCAUGCAUUAAACUAUCAAACAUAUGGCUGUAGGUAUAAAUGCUUUUGGCAAUUACACGGUAACAUCUAGCCUCUUCCCAGGUUGGAAUGUCAAAAGAUAGAUCCUUCUCUCACUAACUGAUAUAAUGGAAUAACAUUCCUGAAUUUAAAAAAGACUUAAGACUCCCAGCUCAAUGGUGUGCCUAUCAGGACGGCACAACCCACAAACAGUAAGUACAGGAUUUGCCAGUGGGAAUAAAAUAUUAUCAUUAUUUUUAUUUUUUUUGUCAAUCUUUCUUUUAUUGAGGCAUAUGUUUAUGGUGGUACAGAAUAAAGAAGGGGAGACAGGCAAGAAAUAUACAGAGUGGGGUCAUCACAUCAAAGUUGAACAUCUCCUGGAAAUGACUGCCUCAUUUAAUGUUAAGUAAACAAACUUGAAACAUUCUGAGUUGAUGCGUCUGGACUAUCUACAUGCUUUAAUAAUUCAAUGUAUGCAUUAUCAUGGUGGAAAGGCUGAGUGUUACCUUGCAUCUAGUAAAUGUGAGUGUAACACAUUGUAUGUAGAACUCUUAAGUUGUGUUAUUAAGUACUGCACUGUAAUAUUCUGUAGCUUUUUAUUUUUCACGUUGAUAUGCAGGGCCGUCUUUAAUGUUGAUUGGACCCUGGACAGGCAUUUGCUUGGGCCCCUUGGUCCCCUCCCUCCCACCUUUUAGCAUUCAAACACGCCUUCCACACAAAGACACACAUAAAAAAAACACACACACACAUAUAUUGGAGACUUAGCCACACUUAUUUUUCACCUAGAGAAAAUACACACACUGACACACAUACAGAUACACACAUACACAUGCUUAGACAUACACAGGUACAUCCAUCCAAAUACACAGACAUUCAAAGACAGAUACACAGACACACAGGUGCAUACACAGAUAAACACUGCGACACAUAAAGAUACACUCACUAACAAACAUGCAGACACAUACGUUACACACAGAUAAACAGACAAACACAACUUGACAUUUAUGUAGAUACAUUCAAUAACACACAUACACGGAUAAACAUGCAGUUACACAGACACACACUAACACAUACAAACACACUGAGACACAUACAGAUACACAGACACACACAGGAGCACACACUGACAGAUAUGCAGAUUCAGACACACAUACCAAGAGAUACACAUACAGACACACAUGCAGGUACACAGACACACUUAAUUACAAACAUUCAGAUACACAGGAUGACACUCAUAUAGAUGCAAACAUUGACACACACAGAUACAGAAGGGCACACACUGACACACAGAUACACAUAUAGAUGCAUAUACACAUACAGACAGAUACACAGAUGGAAACACACACAGACAGAUACAUACACAGAUACGCAUACAGACAGACACAUAAAUAUACAUAUAGACAGAUACACACACAGAUACACAGACACAUGCAUAUACACAUACAGUCACACAGAUACACAUGCAUAUAAACAUACAAAAACAUACACAGAUACACGCAUAUACACAUACAGACAGAUACACACACACAGUCAGAUACACACACAAACUGAUAUACAGACAGAUAUAUACAAGCAGACAUACAUGGAAAAUAUACAAUUUUUGUUACCCUCCUGUUUCCUACCUUUUGGGUGCAGGAGGAUGACUUCCCUGGGGUCCAGUGGCUGUCUGAGGCUGUUGGGAGUUGGGCUCUCUCCCAGUCCGCGCUCCUCCUCUCUUCCUCCCUAGCACGCAGCACUCUCUGUGUUAGCUAGGUAGCGCUGACCUCAUCACAGGGAGCCCAGUCGCGCUGUUAAAGCACCGCAGCGUUGACCGAGCCAUUGCAGACUUAUUGCUAUCGGGUGGUCCUAAGAGCAUGGGCCACCCGAUGGGCCCCCCAUCGUGUGGCCCAUGGGGGUAGUACCUCGCGGGCCACAUGCACCUCAGCGGCCGGCGGGCUCAAGGGGGAGCUGCUUUGGGCCCCCUACGAAUGAAUGGUCCCGGGGCAGCUGCCUCUUUUGCCCCGCGUUAAAGAUGGCCCUGUGGAUAUGUGACUUUCAUACAGGACAUACUAAAAGGAAUGACAGAUUGAUCUAUGGGCAUUUCAAUCUGUCAUUCCUUUUAGUAUGUCCCCAUUCACACACAUGUAUAUAUUUUCCAGUGCUCUGUUUUGAUACCACUAACACUAGGUGUAAUUUAUUUGUUAAUUUUACAUAUUGGCAUUACUGAUGAGUCUGACAGUAAUAUUCAGUGUUUUAGUUCUGCACUCUAAGUAAUUUUUCAUUAUAAGCAUUGAUAAUGCUUUAUAUCUUUAUCUAUCCAGCCCUGAAACAGCUGUGGGGAGACAGAGACCAUGAGAGAGAGCUAGAGGAAAUGAUGAAAGAGCAAGCUGCUCGCAAGAGCGACCAAAGUCUAACUGUCAAGGGCUUGCUGGAGGACCGUUCUCUACGCUGGCAGAUAUACAUGCUCAUUGCUUUGACUAUCGCUCUGCAGCUGUGUGGAGUCAAUGCUGUGAGUUCACGUACUGCAAAUCCUAGUAUAAAGAUGCUUAAGGAUAAAGGAAAUGGUGGUGAACUAAAAACAGGAUUUCAAAAUGUAGGCCAACUUUGACAUGCAGAGCACAUACAGACUCAAACUCUCCCAUAUCAAGAUAAGUGUGCAUGAAUAAGAUGCAAUGUAUCUAUGUUAUCCUCAAUCUUCUCUACCAAGGCAGACUGUCUUUAGCUCCAUACGACAUGUAAUAACAUACCUCCACCCCUAUUAUCAUGGCUACCAUAGUAUGGUACCCAUACCAUGGUAAACAUAGUUUUAGCAAAGUAUAUGGAACGCUAAACUCCGAGAAUUAGAAGGGUAUUACGUUUAGCCUAUGAAUAUGUAUCAUGAUGGCUUUAACCUUGAAACUAAUGAUUUGUCAGAAAGCUUUCUCUUCCUACAGAUUUAUUUUUAUGCUGCAGUUGUGUUUGAAGAAGCAAAAUUUGAUUUCUCGCAAAUCCCAUAUCUGACAAUAGGGAUUGGUGUGUGUGAGUCUUCAUCUGUGAUCCUAUGUGUAAGUAACCAGAAAAUAUAUUCAAUUUGUCAUCUCACUGUCAUACUAUACUUUACCUUUCUUUUUUAUUCUGUCCAAAAAUAGUUGCAUGUGGGCGGAGCCGGGCCGCCGAACUGAGAGGCAGCAACACGCUAUGCCUCCAGGCCUGAGCCCGGAAAAAACCCGCAAAAUAAGCGCCCACAACACCCUGAAAAGGAUUUGGCGGAUCCACAUUUAACAAACAGCACCCAAGCUUCCUGGGGAUCCCAAACAGAGGCAGAUCUCAAGCAAGGAACACUGCAAACAAACAAGCAGGCCUUUGCACCAUCACGCACAUGAAAGAUGGCGACCCCCGCCGACACGAACUGACAGGCAGACGGGGGGCAAUGAUAUACCGGCCACAACAGCUACCUGGAAGAAUUCUCCAAGGCAAGAGGCGGCCCGGCUCCGCUCCCCCCCCCCCCUUUUUUCCCCUAUCCGGCUGGGGGUGGGGGGUAACCCAUGCCAAAUGGCGGCGGCACCCUCCAGGGCGGAAGAUACCGCAUGGGGUCCAAGCUGCCCGCCUAAACGGGUAAAGGCAACAAAUACAGCCCGCCCGAAGACUUACCCCAGCAGGAGAAGCACCAAAAGGGACCAACAUGGGUGGCUCACACGGGCCCUGGCAGGGCCAGGUGCCGGACGGAUCCACCAGGCCGUGACCUCGACCACGGGAGAGGUGUGUGCCCGGGCAUUUGGGUCAGGGCCUAGUCCCUGGCGCUGUGAGCCCGGUGGGGCGGGACUGUGCCGCCCCCCUCGACGGACCGGUGGUUGUGGGGGGCGGACGCCGGCUCCAAGCAUGCGGCCGGCGUCGGGUGAAACGCAGGAACACACUCCUCAAGGGACCCAAGCGGGGCCGGGGAGGUGCAGGGAGCGGACGGCCGGAGGACCAACAGAUAGUUUAAGCUCCCGAGUGCCCACGGAACUGUGGGGGACCCGACCGGUGAGCGGAGAUCGGCGUGGGGGUGAGGGAAGGAGGCCAGGCACCCCAGGGACAGUGUGGAAGCAGCACCAUGAGAGACUCCCCCAGACAGACAUGGGGACGGACAGAGGCACCCUGUUGAUGGAUAGCUCGCAUUUGUGUCUUAACAGCUGCAUUCAUUUUUUAAGUUUUUAUCGAUUUCGUUUAUAUGAUGCAGGUUUAAAAUACCAAAGGAAUGUACAGUUAAUACCAAAAUGCCCAUAGGGACCAAAGGUAGAUACUGAUGCAUAUUUAAUUGCUGACUGCGGCAUGAUAGACUGUACAGUCGCUUAUUACUGUAAACCUGAUAUCCAAAUAGCUUUGUUAUAUAUUAAUGCAGCAAACUAAAAACAAAUAUGCUCCUUAUGCUAAAAGUUGAAAAAGUUUUUGUAUCUUAGAUUAUUGCUUAAUGUCUGACUCCAAUUAGCAAGCUGAUUAAUUUGCCUCUGCACAGGAGACAAUUUGCAUUUACCAGCUAGCAAACACGCAGCCCUGGCACACACCAGUUACCACAAAACACUUACUUAACGCUAUAACCGAACUAAAAAGGCAACACAGUACAUAAGAGUAUAAAACACAAAGCAACCAACUGUGAACAAAAAACAGAGGCUAGGACAAAUCCGCCUCUACGCAGGCAACCAAAUGUAUAUGCAGUGUUAAACCAAUGCUUAAGCCCCUGCGUGGGCAAUCACUUGCUUUAUUACAAAUCAAUUUGAUGUAUGACUUUAUAUUGUGCACACAAUAAAAAUAUUCAAAACAAAAAUAGUUGCAUGUGGUAGCUUUCACUGUGAGUGUGUCUAUUGUAUGCACAUGAACAAGAAUCUAUAGCAUUCUAGAACAUAAUAAGUUUUAGAUAAUUUUGCUUAAACAUUACUGGAGUAAACCCAUGUUUAAUAUAAUAACCACUAUCAAACUAUCAUUGUUACAUAUCCCUUAUUUAUUUCUUCUUUUUUUACUCUGCAUACCAUCUCAACGCAAGACCUUUACCCUGUCCAUUUUCAUCCACAGAGUCUACUGGUGGAUCGUUUUGGCAGAAGGGUUUUGCUGCUGGGUGGAUAUAUAGCCAUGGUGUUGAGCCUAAGUCUCCUUAUAGCGACCCUCUCACUGCAGGUAACUCAAAGCAUCAUAUGAUAAGGAAAAACAAUUAUGUUGCAACCAGAUUUAGAUGCAUCUAAAUUUCUGGAUUAGGAGAGGAUAACAUUUAACACAGUUAUUGCAUCACUAACACAACUAGAAUGUUUACAGAAGAAUCAACCAGUGUUUAUUAUGUGAAAUGGAAAAUGGAAAUCAGAGAAGCACGUUUUACAAUUUUUGGAAACUCAAGAGUGUACUGGCUCAGGUUUUUGUCACAUGUGCAAGCACAUCCAUUUCUCUAAGUUGUAGUGGAAUAGGGGCUCCAUGAGCUUGCAGCUUAAAUUGACACUGCGCCUAAUUAUGAACUUUGAAUUUGCAAUUUCGUUAUCUUCUUCAUUAAAAGCUAUAUGCACAAGUUUCUUAAACUGGAAAUUUUAAGCACAUAAACAGGCCUCCCAACAGUUCCGAUUUUGGCCAAUUUAGGGUCCUGUCCCACUGUCACAACAUACUCAAGGUACUAGGACCAGGAGAGUGUAGAAACAGCACUUCCUGCAUGCUCUGCCCUCAGUGCGCUGGCCUCUAUGGUUGAUAGGCAGCUUAGAAUGCAUUUAUGCCGGUGUGACCUGCCUAUUCUCUGGGAGGAACCACCCAUUUUGGGCAGGGCUAGUGAUAUGAUUCAUGUCACUGGCCCACCUUCUCUUACCCCACCCACUGGCAUCCUGUAUUAUGAGCGCUGACAUUGGGGGUUGUGCAUAAAUUAUAACUUACUAGCAGGAUGAGGAAAAUUAAGAUUUGCUGAGUACAGUAGGUACUUAAGGUCACUAUCUAUAAACCAUGGGGCACAUGUAAUUCAUGUAAUCCAUUGUGUCAUUAUGAUGCAAAUUGUGGGUACUGGGCAUGAAACAGGCAUGGGCCUCUUAUUUUUAUACAGAUUUUAUAUACAAUGCCAAAGUUAGGAUGGUGUUUCCAAUGUUACUCAGCCAAGUAAGAGUUAUCUGAAAAUGUAUAUAUUAAAUGUAUAUAUAUAAAUGUAGAUAUUAUUUAAUCUGUAUAGCUGCUAUCUAUUUAAAGUGGAACUGUUACUCUAUUAAAAUGUUACUGGGGUGAAUAUUGCAGUACAGGUAAGAAAAGAAAAUAAACUUGUCUCCUGUGAACUCGUGUUUUCUUGGCAACUUGUCAUCCCAUUAAUUCUCAGGCAUGUCCUAGUGCCGCUUCUGAGUGGAGGGUAAUGGGGACACUAGGUCUCCCAAUUUAAUAGGUAGCACCCACCAACUGACAAUAGGUAGGGACAAGGGUACAUUAGGAUGUCCCCCAUUUUAUUGAAUAGCCCCCACAUGUUGCCCCCCUUGUUAUUUUUUUUCAAGCCCCAUCACCAUGGGAGUCACUAGUUUCUAGUAACAGUGAACAUGACUGCUGACUCAUAUCCAUCCCACCGUUGCCCCAAUAACACACCUUUUAAAGUGGAUAAGGGCAACAGCCACAGCUUUAUUAAACAUAGUAAAUUCUUAACUCCUGUCAGCUUUUGGGUGAGAGCCCAACAGACAGUUCUCCAUACUUAUUCUCUAAGAGCCCAACACAGCCGUCACUAGCCAUCAGCCUUGCGCCGACUGUAGUCUCCCCAAGGUGCCCUUGCGUCAUACUCCUUUCUUUUUGAUUACGCUGUCCAGGGGAAACUGCCAGCUGUGACAAUAAGAAAACACAAAGAGAAACCACACAACACACCACAAAAGAACAGGGAGGGAGGGUGGAAAAUUCAGUCAUGGUCUUUGAACAACUCCUGCUGACUGGUAAGUCCCCUCCCCAUCUCUCCUUUUUUAACUCCUCCAACACUUGCAACAUUGUUGCUACUUAACUCCAGCCCACCAUCCUGGGCAGCAGUCAUGCUCCACCUCCACUAUUUGUCCAGGGGGAAACUGUAAGUUGUUUAGUUGAUAUGCCACACAUGCAACAUGGCAGGUGGGGGAAUAAGGGACGUUUUCAACUUUGACCGACUAACAGUACUUUAAAUUAUUGUGCGCUUGCAAAAAGCAAGUGAACGCUAAUUUGUGUAGUGCACAAUGAAGGAUGCAUUCUGUCUCUGUAAAAUCAGUACACAGUCCCAAUCCUAUACUUUGUAUAAAGUUCAGAUGUAAAAAUUUUCAACUAAACACCUAAUUUCAUCUGGCUGUAUGUUGCAAAUUCAUUGGGACUGACUGAAUUCUGACCAGAAUUAGCUGUAGUGAAUAUGAGAAUUGCCAUUCCAGUCGGAAUUCGCCCAAUUGUGGUUAUCAUGUUAUGCAUCGAUCAGAUUAUAGUACAAUGGUAUAUAAAACUGUUGGUCAAUGUUAUUUUCUUCCUCCCACAGGACACAUACAUGUGGUUGCCUUAUUGCAGUGUGAUGCUAAUCUUCCUGUAUGUUUUAUCCUUUGGGACAGGACCAGGUAUGUGCUUGGUGAAAUGGGUCUGGUGAUAUGUAGAAAGGUUAAGGAUGUAUAAUAUUCAGGGUUUAAUCUGCAUGUAUACCUUUCUUUCUAGCAGUUUUUUUUCUCCCCAGGGGCAACAACUAUGACCAUCAUUGUGGAACUUUUCCCCCAGGAAGCCAGAGCAGCAGCAUUUGUUAUUGUGGGAAUAAUAAACUGGAUUGGACUGUUUGUCAUUGGCAUGGUCUUCCCACUUGUGGAGGUAAGACAGUGAGAAGUUUACAAAUUAAAUCUGUUGUGUGCGUAAGGACUAGAGAUGGAUUGUGUGCUAUAUAUUGGAGAUCAGCAUUACUAAACAUUAGAGGAGGGGUGUUUGGAGGUCAGUGUUAGGAUGAGAGGAGGCAGAGGUUCCUUCAUGAUCACAGCCAAUGUGAGUGAUGGCUGAGAGUACUGGGUGGCCUGGGAUUACUGAAUGAAGGUGACAGUGGGACCGGGCUGUAGGGUGCUGUUUAAAAAUUACUGUGUUGGGAAGAUUGAUGUCAGAGGAUGCUGUUUGUUGGUUUUUUGUUUAAGUGGAGGGUUUUGUGUGUGCUUCUGGCUGCAGUGUUGCAAGUAUACGCGAACAAUUGUGUCCAAUAUGAAUUAGAUAAUGGUUAGUACAUAUAGUUAUGCUCCAUGGUGUUUAAUGUUUACUGCCUUGUACUAUUCUUUUAAUUAUCCCUGUCAUCAAGUACCAAAAGAGAUAAACAAUUAAGGUUUUAUUCAGAGGUAGAUAAUCAGGUUGGUAUGGAUAUGGAAAGGAAUUGAACUACCAACGUGUUUCAACAUCAAUGCUGAAUUCAUCAUAGAGUAUGUAAUAAAUCAUCUGGAUAAUGUGCAUGAACUCCACGUGAUGAGAUCCAAUGAGGAGCAGCUGACAGACAUCAGUGCUAGCGUGCAGUUAUUUUAUUUUUAGUAUAACAAGCUUAAAUGUAGUAUAUAUUGGAAAUAAAUGUCCAACCUGAAUUUCUCUCCUAAGUCUUUGGAGUCAGUCUGUUGAGUGGUUGUACAUAAAGGGAAAUGUAGUGAUUAAAGACAAUUGAGGUGACAAGGCUAGUUAUCACAGUCCUAACUGAUGGGAGUAGUGUUAAGUUAUUAGACUAAUGUGAACGAAUACCAGGACAAGAGUUGAAUAAUUGGAAGUAACAUCAUUCUAUGGUAUGAUAAAGUAACGUUAUGAUAAAGCAAUGUCUAUGAUAACUGUAUUACCUAGCGCAUUUGAUGGGUUGGGAGGACUGGCAAUUCAAUCUUCUCACUCUCUAAUGUCCUCGCUCUGGUUCUUUAGGCAACUCUAGGGCCAUUUUGCUUCCUCAUCUUCAUCACAAUCACAGCAGCUUGUGCAGUAUUUCUGUAUAUUUACCUCCCUGAAACAAAAGGAAAAUCUGCAUUGGAGAUUAAAGAGGAUAUCAAUAAAGACAACCUUCGGAAGAAGAACCAUCUAGAGAUUCCUAAACACCUCAGUAAUAUCUCUGUGUUAUCCACCAAACUGUAAUCAACUUUCCUGUUAUCCUAAACAACCUCACAAUAUUAAUGAGAAUAAAAGAGUUCACACGUGUUUCACAUAUUUUUAAAUAAACAUUAUUUUUU